AUGAUAGCUAACUUAGCAGUGAUCAUAAUCCUGUACCGAAAAACAUGUGGUCUUUCUGGAUGCAUCAUUUACUACCUGGUGUCAAUAGCAGUGGCGGAUCUCCUGGUCAUUACCACCGCUGUGAUAUUAAACCGAAUCGCUGGCAUAUUUUUUCCGAUCAGUUUCCUGUCCAUCACGCCAUUAUGCAGUCUUCGUUCUGUCCUGAACUAUGGAACUUUCAGCAUGUCAGUAUGGUUAACUGUCGCUUUCACCUUUGACAGAUUUGUGGCCAUUUGUUGUCAAAAGCUCAAAAUUAAAUAUUGCACCAAGAGAAUGGCAGUGCGCGUGGUCGCAGUCGUCUACACACUGAGCAGUUUGGUUAAUGUAUUCUUAUAUUUUAUUUAUGAACCAGUGUACAUAGCCAAAAGCAUACCUUGGUUCUGCAGCAUAAAAUCAACAUUUUAUACGUCACUUGUAUGGGCCACUUAUGACUGGAUUCUUACAAUUUUAACGCCUUGUCUCCCCUUUGUUCUAAUAUUACUGCUCAAUGCUCUCACUAUCAAAAACAUUCUAAUAGCGAAUAGAGCCCGCAAGAGGCUCUGGGUUCAGAAGACUGUGAAGAAUCAGAGUGACCCUGAGAUCGAGAAGCGGAAGAAGUCCAUUGCUUUACUCUUUAGCAUCUCCGGGAGCUUCAUCUUGUUGUAUUUGUUGUUUUUUGCAACAGUUGUCUUUGUCCGAAUUGCAGAUAUUAAUUACUUCUCAGGUUCAAAUUUCAAUGAUUCUAACUUUAUUCUGGAAGAAAGCGGAUUUAUGCUGCAGUUGCUCAGUUCUUGCAUAAACCCUUUUAUUUAUGCAGGAAUACAGGGUAAAGUCAGGGAUGAAUUAAAGAAUGGAGUGAAAUAUUCACUAAGUCUCUUUGUUAGAUUCUAUAAGUGUCUAAAAUACUAA